UCAAAUCCAAGUUGAUAGUUACUUUCCCCGCAUGAAAAGUCCGCAACCCUAUCCACUGCCUUCCCUCCUACCCCACCCGUGAAUUGCCUCCUUCCACAUUCUUCAUCAUUGCUGCUACUGCUAGCGUGACCACGUACUCCUCCUACAGUUCUUGUCCUUCACGACAAUUAACCAGUACAAAAUCCCCAUCCAACCUCUCCAUUUCGCCCAUCUUCGAUUCAUCAUCUAACUUCUCAUCACAAUGCCCACCCAAGAGCACCAUCCUCCGUCGCCGACGACCGACGCCGCCUACGACGAUGAAGCCUGGGUCUGGUCCCAAAUCAAGGCCGAAGCCCGCCGCGACGCCGAAUCCGAACCCGCCCUCGCCAGCUACCUCUACUCCACCAUUCUCUCCCACUCCUCCCUCCCUCGUUCUCUCUCUUUCCAUUUGGGCAACAAGCUCUCCUCCUCCACUCUCGUCUCCACCCUCCUCUACGACCUCUUCCUCAACUCCUUCUCCUCCGACAGCUCCCUCCGAUCCGCCGUCGUCGCCGACCUCCGCGCCGCCCGCUACCGCGACCCCUCCUGCACCUCUUUCUCCCACUGCCUCCUCAACUACAAGGGCUUUCUCGCCAUUCAGGCCCACCGAGUCGCGCACAAGCUCUGGGCCCAGUCGCGCCGGCCGCUCGCGCUCGCGCUCCAGUCGCGGAUCGCCGACGUGUUCGCCGUUGACGUGCAUCCGGCGGCGACGAUGGGGAAGGGAGUGCUGCUGGACCACGCGACGGGGGUGGUGAUCGGCGAGACGGCGGUGGUGGGGAACAAUGUUUCGAUUUUGCAUCAGGUGACGCUGGGGGGCACCGGGAAGACGGUCGGCGACCGGCAUCCGAAGAUCGGCGACGGGGUGUUGAUCGGGGCGGGGGCGACAGUGCUGGGGAAUGUGAAGAUCGGGGAGGGGGCGAAGAUCGGGGCGGGGUCGGUGGUGCUGAGCGAUGUGCCGCCUUGGACGACGGCGGUGGGGAGUCCGGCGAGGCUGGUGGGAGGGAAGGAGCGGCCGAAGGUGCACGAAGACGUGCCGGGAGAAUCGAUGGAUCACACUUCCUUCAUUUCGGAGUGGUCGGAUUACAUCAUCUGAGCAUCGCCGAUCGCCCUGACUCGAUUUCUAAUUUCUUGUAUUGAGUUGAAAUUUAGGGCACUCUGUCUUAUCUAUCAGGUGCAAGUCAUAAAUUUAGUCAUAUGGCAGCUCCAAAAAUCUCUGUUUUGUUUCUAAUAAAUAAUUAUGCUUUUGUAUUUGUUUUUA